GGCAGGCUGCAGGGAGAACUGCAUGGGGCUUUCAAGGCAGAGGCAGCCCCUGGGUGACUCAUCCCCACCCCAGCGCACCUGUCUAGGGGUCUCUCAUAAAGAGGAAGAAGUAAAGCUGGCUGAGGUAAGUAAGUGCCUUUCUCUUCUACUCUGGGAUUGCGUAUGUUUUGCUUUCCUUCCUCUGUGGUUGCCCUGAGGUGCAAACUGCUCAAGUCUCCUCUUUCUCCAACUUCCUCUUCAUUGCCCGAGGGAGGGAGCGAGCGAGCGAGCUGAGGUUAGGCAGCCAGGUACUUUCCAAAGAGAGCAAACGAGUUGAAUUCCGCUUUGAUAAAUUGCCCUUCCUGUGCACCUGAAAUUGAAGUGCUCCUUCCCUUUUCUCAUCUGCUUCUCCUGCAUGAAGUGUUUAAAGUCCACUGACUUUCCCCCUCCUUUUGCAAUCACACACAGAACUUUCUUAGAUUAUUCCACUUCCCACGUUCCAUAACAAAUAAUUCUGCAGCUGUAGACUCUGAAAUAUCUAAACACUUUAAAAACAAAAAAACAGAAGGAUUGCUCACAAACUUAGCUUUUGAUGGUGGUGGUGGGGACUUUCUGUAAGAGAGAUCAGCAAUAACAGUCUCCUAUUAUGCAACACACAAUUCAUCCUUCGAGUGUGGAGCUGCCCUUUCUCCUGGCAAGUUUCACAUCCCAGUGCCAAAACAACAGUCUUGUGGCAACUUGGAGACUAAUGGAUAUAUUAUGGUACAAGCUUUUGCAGACCUAAGUCCACUUCAUCAGAUGCAUGAAGUGUUCUCCUAAAUUGGCAGGAAUAGGUAUAAUUUUUAUAUACGUGCAUGGUGGAGGAGGGAAAACUUUAAGACAGGUUAAAAUGGGAAAUGAAAUGGCAAAAAAUACACACUAUGACAAGAUUAAUGCUGGAAACAUAUAUAAAAUGGUUAGAUACAAAGUAGUCCUUAUGGCAAGUUAGUUGUGCUAUAAUGUUUGCUUUAAUUGACACUUGAAGAAGAAUAAAAGCCCAUUAUUUCAAUUCAAGCCACGUGUGGGGAAAUUGGACUUCUUGGUCAAUUAGGUAAUACUUAAGGUGUCAGAAGGCUCUUGUGUUUCCUGCAACAGACUAACAGAGAUAUUUCCAUUGCCAGUAGCUCACUUGUAUGGGGCGGGAGCAGGAAGAUAAGUACAGCUGCUUUACUUUCCUUAGAUCAAUGACUAUUCCUCAAAAUUGAUAAUGGCACUGCACUUCCCAGAGUGGCAGUGGUGCCCUUGGGACAAGACUUUAUCUAACUGCACCACUGCUGCGUGGUGAGAAGUGUUGGUGCUAGGAAAAAAUACAUAUAUGUGAAUGGAGAAUUGCUGGAUGCCAAGAUAAAGUUUAGGGCAAAUACUCUUUGGUGAGAGAACCCCAGCAGAUUUAAAAUAACAAAAUAUGCUGCUAAGUAAAACGUGGAAAUAUAGACUGUUAAACCUUUAAAAUAGGUGAUUGGGAGUUCUAAAACACCCCUCUUCUCCUAGCAUAGAAAACUACCACAUGUUUGGUAAGUUAAAAUGGUUUACUUACAAACUCUCCAAAGGUCAGAUUCAUGUGCUUUUCCAUAUAGCAUUUAGAAAAGGUUGCACAGGCAGUAAAACUUGGCUUAGUUGCAGUGGUGAAAGUUCCUAAAUUAUUAAUAUGUGAAUAUGAGUGUCUUGAAAGAGCCAUGCGGCUGAGCGGGACCAGCACAAGCUCUUCACAUAGUGAGCUUCUCAAGUAGACUGCAGGGAAACAAAAGUUUGAUUACCUAGUCGCUUCUAAGGUGAGCUAAGCCCUCCAUGCAUUAAUUAGACUUAAGCAUGUCGAUUAUAUGAGAUUGGUUAUCCCACAAAAAAGUAUCAAGGAUAUGGCUACAGUGCCUGGGUUUGUUGGGACAGGAGAGCUCUGGAGGGUGCCCUCAUAAUAUUUAGCUUAUUUACAAAGCUAAAAGCAAAGCAGAAAUGAAGGCAAACAGGUGCUCUCUCAUAGCAUUAUCCAUUAUCUUACAUCAAAUCUCCCAUGAGAGUCUGUACUUCAAGAUUCUUCAGCCAACUCACAGUGCUCUCUGACCUUUCAGCUGCAAAUCUGUUUCCAGCCAUUCUCUAGCAAGAACACACAGCAAGCACAGAACUAUUUCUUCUUGACAGUCUUGUAUCUGCAGAUUCUCUCAUUUUUUAAAACUCUAAUGUAUUUUUCUGGUGAUAUCUAUUGCAUAUAAUGGAAAUGUGAAGAUAAGGAAGAAAUCUGUAUUAUUUGGAAUUUUGUUUACUUGUGUCUUUUGUUAUUUGGAAACAUGGGCACAAAUGAACGAUUUGAAAUUUGCAUCAGUAUAUUUUAAACCUGAAAGUUCCAUGUUUUCUAUAUUGAUAUCAAAUAUAGGGAUCUCCUAAAUAUAUAAAUAUGUCUUUGUUUUUUGAAAAAUGCCACCAUCCCAGCCCAUUUAAGUUUUUGUUUUUGUUUUCUAAAUACAUAUUUACUGGAUAAAGUUGUCCAGCUCUCUCCAUAUGCAGAGAAUCCAAAGCUUAAUGCGUCUGGAUAUUGGAAGAUUGUCCAUACUAUUAAUGGAAUGGCAUGUGAACAAUUUGUCAGAUGAUGCUUGCUGAAGUGCUUAUGAGUUUUCUUGCAUCUUCUGUUCAGGAAAAGCCACAAGGGCAGCCUUUUCUUGAACAGCCUCCGUGCUUCUUCCCAGUUUGAACAGACGUGGCAAUUGGUGGAUUAGCUGAAAUGGAUCGCUACAGAUAUUUCAUCUUCAAUCAGAAAAGUAUGGUUCUGUUGGGGCUCCUCCAGAUAGCUUGUGCUACAGUUUGUAUCAUCGGUGGAUUAAUUGAUGGUGCUUUCAGAAGGGACUCGGCACUGAGCAAAUCUAGGAUACCCAUCUGGGCUGGAGUGGUAAGCUAUAUAAAUUCUACCCCCCAUACCCCUUUUUAUUAACAAUGUAUAAACUAUAAAGCUAUAAAAUGAAACUUCAAUUGAAAUGCCUGCUGCAAUAAAAAAAAGUAUUCAGUAGAUGUCGGAAGUACAGCAGGGAGGGUUGUACAAUUUGGUAUAAUACAGGGAAUUUGUUCACUGUUCUAGAGAACUUGUGGUUCUAUAUUCCACAAGCCAGCAGAUCUCCCUGCUCUGCUGGACAGUGUGGUGGGGCUUUGCCCAGCUGCUGGGAGACCCCUGUUGCUAAGAAGAAGCCCUUAAAAAGUCUCGCCCCCAUAGCAGGGGUGACAGCAGGGCAUUUCGUCUCAGGUGCUGAAACACCUUGGGCCGUCCCUGAGUGCUGGCCUAGUUGUUUUGUGGUAAGAGCCUAGAGCAGGCUUCCUCAACCUCGGCCCUCCAGAUGUUUUGAGACUACAAUUCCCAUCAUCCCCGACCACUGGUCCUGCUAGCUAGGGAUCAUGGGAGUUGUAGGCAAAAAACACCUGGAAGGCUGAGGUUGAGGAAGCCUAGCCUAGAGAGCAAGUGUGACUGCAGCUGCCUUUGAUUUCUGACUUGCAUCUCCUUAAUUUGGAAGUGGGGGAGCUAAGGAUCAGGCUCACAGAAGGAAUGCUCUGGACUGGUCUGGAUGAGAGAGGAAUGAGGACUUUUCUUUCUCCUGGGAAGCAUAGGAGAAUUUAAUGUUUUUUUGGAGGUAAAUUAACUGGAAGGGGGGAUUGAUUUAUGGUGUUUGCACUUCAUAUGGCUUGUGGUCUUAGGCUAGUUGCUUAUCUCCAUCUUCUCCAGCGCUCUAUUUCCAGCUGUGGCCAGUCAAAUGCCAAUGGGAAAUUUUUUCUGUUUAUGUAUUUAAACUAUUUCCCACCUGUUCUUCAAGGCCAAGGCAAUCCCUAAGCAGGUUACAUUAAAACCAACAGAAAUCCAAAUCAACAGUGUAGUAGAUGCCUCCAAAAGUCUGGGCAAAUAAGUGAUUCUUCACCUGGGGCUGAAAACUCAAAUUGUGAGUUAGAAGAAAUUCCAUAAUUGUGGGGCUGAUAACAAGAAGGCCCUGUCUUACACUGUUGCCUGCAGGAACUUACAAGGGGGACAUGUUUGUUUUCCACAUUUGAUAUUCAGAAAUAUAUUGCUUUUGAACAUGGAGAUUUCAUUUAGCUAGGAGGGGGCAUCCAUAGGUAAAGCUGGUGUUUUGAGUGGGUGGGGCUAAUUGGGAGAGUGGAUGAUAUUUGUAGGACCUAUACUUUACUUCAGGAGGGGAGAACAGGACUGAGAAAAGUGAAUGAUUUCCAGGAGAAAAUUGCAUUGCAGAAGCUGAACUGUUCUGAUUCUACUAGCUGAUUGCAGUAAUUACAAACACUAUUUGGGGGUACAUGGGAGCUGUGGUGGUGAAGCUGCAAGCAAGAAGCAGCUGGGACUGUUAGUAGUGACUUCGAAUAACUUAGUGGCAGCAUUUUACUAUGGUACAAUCACUUUGCUGUAAUAAUUUUUUUACUUUUUCUUUUCUUGGGUCCCAAGCUAAUGUUAGAAAUGCAAUGGGUGAAAGUAUGAUUUACACUUAGAAAGGCGCAUGUCUAAUAUGCCUCCUUUGUGUGUUUCACAUACCCAACUCCUUGCCCUUGCCUAGUGAUCUGAUAGCCGUCAAUUACAUUACUAUCCUCAUGUGUCAAUCACAUUUUCACCUGUAUAAGAAAAAGCAUCUGGUGAAAUUGACCAAGAAUCUUGAGCCCACAUUUAACAGCCAGCUGAACAUUUACGUUCCCUCUCUGGUAUCAAAAUGACCUUCUCUGAAAUCAUGCCUAAAGGAAAGAUGUUUACUUAUUAUGGAAUAAACCACGUUCAGCCUUUGUGCUUCAUAGAUCUGCUGGUUGUUGAUCGGGAGCUGGUGUCUUAGAAACCACUUGCCAACCAGUGUAUUUAUAUUUAUACACUGCUUAACUACAAUCAUAUCUAUGUGGUUUACAAGGAUGUAACAAAAAAGUAAAAAUCAGUUAAAACUAUAAAAUAAAACCUGUAGUUUGUUUUCAUCUUCCUGAAGUUAAUGUUUUUUCACUUCUUUUUAUAUGCUAAAGUUGGGCAUUCCCCAAUUUAAUCACCUUUACCUUUUGUUUUGUAGUUUAUGGCUGUUCCUGGAAUUAUGGCUUUGUUUUCUUCACUGAGAAAGAAUCCUGUUUUGGUAUGUUUCUAUUGUAUUUUGUUUAAAGUGGAUGGGGACAAAUCAUACAGCCGACUUUCUAUAAGUAAUAAAUACAUACACCUUUUAUUUACACAACUUUUACUUCACGUCUGAGGGGCAGAUGGGGCUCGUCAAUGUGGGAAGGUAGCCCAUCUAGGAGAAGGAAAUCUCUGAUCCUAAAUGCCUGCUGCCUUGCAGGGUAUAUUUGGGAAAAGCAAAGGCUAAAGAGUAAACCCUACAAAAAUCCGGAGUGAAGUCCCUAAGAUGGUUGGAUGGCACCCAGCAACUCCUGCAGCCAAGCUGGUGCCAAACAUAUUGCUCUACUUUCCUUUGGGACCACAUCAACAAGGCCGAGAUGGAGGUUCUUAUCAUAUGGGUAGCCCAGGACCCCUAUACACACUGCCUAGGCUUGUACCCCUGGGAGGUCACUUUGGUGCUGCAUGGUGGUUUGACUUCAUCCCCCAGAGGCGCACUCCAUUGUCCCUCAAGACAGAUGGAUGCCAACAAAAAGCAACAACAAACUUUAACCUCUCCCCUGAAGUGUUUGGAGAUAUAUAUCAUAGGCUACAAUUAAAGUGAUCAUACAUGUAUGAUUUUGGGGUUUAGAGUUUAAAAUCCACAACAGAUUAAAAGUCUCAAGGACUUUAACAGCAGUUCAAAAUUUCUUCAGUCUGUCUCUAAAUUCAUCAGUCAUUCUCUCUGUGUUGCUCCAAAUGGCUGGAUUGCAGUAACACAUUACAGUUGAAAGGUAAGAAUAUACACGUUUUAGAAUACACGGCAUAAAUUUAAUCUAUACAUAUAUAAAAUUAUUACUUAUGUUAAAGGGGAGGGAAUAAAAUUCCUAACCACCUUUUCCACCUUUGGCCUUCAAUGCCCUUUACAUAGCAAGCACAAUGGUUGUUUUUGGGCAUUCUUUUUAAACACCCAUAACUGGAGUUCCCAGACAUGGAUGUUUAAAAGAUCCAUGCACAUCAUCCAUACUUUGAGCAUUAACUGACCUUGGGUGAUGAGUGUAAUGGCUGAAGUAGAAAUGGCCUAAAACCUGCUGGGAAAACACAGCAGCUGACUAUCUUUUUUCUGCUGCAACUGGUCACCAUCACCUUCUCAAAUCUAGACUAGAUGGUAAUGUCAAAUUGUGUGAUUUUGUGUGAUUGCUUUUUUAAAAAAAUAAUCUUUAUUGCUUUUAAAACUUACAAGAAAAGAAGAAAGAAGAAAAUAGGCGAAAGAACAAGACAAAAUAGAGCAGAGAAGAAAAAAAGAGGAAAAAAACACACAAUACAAUACAAUAAACAAUACAAAACACAACCUUAACACACUAAACUAAACAAAGCAGAAGAACAACAAUUUAAAAACAUAUAUCAUACCAUUUCAUUACUCUAUCUUUCAUUCCCUUAUUUCAUCGACCUCCUCUCACCUCCCUUUUUGUAUUCCACUUCUAUUACUUGUUUCAGCAAUUCCUUUCCAUCUUUCUCUAUUUUUAUCAUUAUGAAUAUCUUAACAUAUUUUGUACCUUAUUUUCCAUUAAUACUGAAAUACUUAUUUAUACCUAACUCCUUAUAACAUUUCUGCUAAAGCCAUAAAAUUUCAUUCCAACAAUUUUCUAACACUCAUUAAAUUUACAAUAUUUCUAUAUAUAAACUUUAAACUUUCCCAAUCUUCUACCACCAUCUCUUCUCCCUGGUCUCGGAUUCUGCCAGUCAUUUCCGUCCAUUCCAUAUAGUUCAUCAACCUGGAGAUCUUCUGUCCGAGGCUCUUAAAUCUUUUCCAAGUCCCUUCUGCAGUUUUUCUUCAUAUUCUUUGAUGCUGAGGGUGCUGAAGCGCAGGUCUUGGGGGGGCCCCGACCCAACCAUGCCCCCAUUCCCUCUCGACAGACCAACCAACUCUCCACAGCUAAAACCAGUGUCCAUACAAUAUCUCAAAUCAUGUUUCAAGGCUCCCCCAGAUCCAAAGGCCCCCACAACUCCAAUCACCUCCUGACCAAGAUUCAAGACCCAAAGGUCAGUAAAUCUCUGCAUGAAAGAGUCUAUCCAACCUUCCUUCUUCAAUCCAAACAGGGCUCCAAUCUUCAAAUUCUGACUUUUUCUAUAUUCAUUCAUAAAAGGCCUCCACUUAUAGUCCUCAGUUUGCCUCUGUAAAACUGGGGCUUCCACUUGUAUUAUUUUAGGUUUAACAACACCAACAUUCUCCUUCGUCUUCUCCCCAGUUUGUCCUGUCAAAGUAGGUUCCUGUGUCAAAUCCUGAACGAUUUCUGUAUUAAUGGUCACUUUUUGUUCCAAAUUAGUCACUUUUUGUCCCAAGUUCUCAAGUUUGGUAUUCAUAGCGUCCAUCUUCUUGUGGAGCUGUUCCAAUGAAUAGCUUAUCUUACAUAAUACAGUCACUAAGGCUCCUUCUGUCAACAUUCUUAAAGUCCAAAGUCGAUCUCUAUUUCACACAGUUCUUACCUUGCAACUGGAAAAACCCCAGCUCCACUCUUGUAACUGUUUCAAAAGCUCCCUCUAGAGGGAAACAGUCUCCACUUGUAUCAAUCCUUUCAAACACAGUUUAAACUAUAAAGAUAGUUUCUUUUCCUACUUUUUAAAUGCAGAUGAGUACAAUGGAAACAAUAUAUUUCUCUUAUUGCUAGCUGUCAAAAAAGUCACUCUUUCUGGCAGCCCGUUUCCAGGUUCAGAGCAGUGGUAAUUUGGUUUUUCACUCUCUCCUGCAGGCUCACUAGGUCCAAAAUUUCCCCCCUCUUCUCCUGCUUCCAAGGGGGGUUUAAUAGUUUUAACCGAUGGAGAUUUAAUCCUUUACAAAAAUAAACUUUCCAAGGCUUUAACUUGCAACUUCUUUGCUUCAAUCUGUUUACAAAAAAGGAAGGCGGACUUCCUGUUUAGAACCUUCCCGUUUCAAUGCCAAAUUAAUGAAUUUAAGGAUCUAAUUUUCCAUUCUACUCACGGGUAGUUGUUUAAAAUCCAACUGUCCACAGGAAAAAGUCAGCGCUCUCUGGCAACAGCGAUGCGGCUUCACUCCGUGAAAGAAGCAGUCAAUUCGAAGCACCGUGCCACUCACCCCACUUCGCUCCGGAUCCCCAAAUCAGGGUUUCCCCGUGAGUAGGGGAGGCGCAAAGGGUGCCAGCCGAAUCCCAAGUUCACAGGCUUCUCCCGCCUGUGAUUUCAGUGGGUCUCCGCCUUCGCCGUGGCGGUCAGACCCAAAUUUCCGCGGAGCAAAUUCCUCCCGAUCGGAGGAACUCCGCCAUUGCCUGGAGGUGCCAACCCGGAAGUCUGAUUUUGUGUGAUUCCUGGAGGGGUCCUUUGCUCACUCAGUAGCGGAACAGACCAGACCAGCAGCUGGGUCAGCCAAUCUCUUUCUAAUGAAUGCAGCACAACAUUCCCCACUUAACUUAUUUUGAUCCACUAUGCUGCUUUCCUAGAAAAUCUGAAAGGUUUCUACCUAUCUGGUUUCUUGGCUGCCUUGGUAACAUCUCUUCUGUUGAUUGCCCAAAGCCACAGAUAUCUUUGCUCAGUACUUUUUGCUCAAACGUAUUCUUUCUGGCAGCUUUAUUGCUUCUAAGAAAGUCCCAUACAUUUAAAUGGAUCUUGCUUCCAAGAAAGGCAUGUGUGGGAAUGGGCUUAAAACAGCAAACACCUGCACACACUCCCUAAAAACACAGGAUGAAAUAUAACACAGUUAAGUAUGCUGAUUUCCAUUUACAGCAUUUAAUUAGGAAAGGAAAGGUUUGAUUUUCACUGAUUCAUGCCCACAUUUCGGAAAUUGUAUUGUGAAUGCAUGUUCCCCCAAAGACACUCUGGAAAAUAAAUUACUGUAGUGUACAAAGAUUGCAUAAGAGGCAUAUGUGGAACUAUUUUUCCUCCUUUGACUUGAAGCCCAAAUUUAACUCUGGUCUUCUGUAUCCCCAUACCUUUUGUACAGGUGAAUGCAAUGAUAAUUGCUUCUGUAUUUUCCUGCUUCGUCACUCUACUUGUAAUCAUCUAUACGUCUAUAACAUUAGAGUAUGGUGAAAAAUAUGAAGAGUUUGACAAUGUGUCCUCUUACCAUCACCCAGCCGUUGUAAGUAUCAAACUAUCCAGUUUCUGCCCUUUUGAAUACAUUGCACACAGUCUAGGAGCGACAGAGUAACUAGCACACCCAAAGGUCUGUCACUCACAUCAGUUAGGGCAGAAGAUGGUGCAGGAAAAUCUCUCUGUGUGUUUCUUUACUGAACAAGGUCCAGGCUGGCACAGCAGAGGCAAAAUCAUUGGAUGGCUCAACUCUGCCCCCUUCUAGGUCCUGAAAUGCCUUUUAUGGCAGGUAUUGUUGGGAGUUCCAUAGUAAAGGAUGCCUCCCACAGGCACAGGCACUGGGGCAGAUCAGGGCUGGGCCUGCCUUUUAUAUAUUACUUUCAUUUUAUCCAUCCAAUUUGAGGAUAUUAAUUGACACCAUCAGUUUGUAUACAUGCAUAGAUCAUAUAUGUGGUUGCUCAACUAUUUAUCAGUUACUAUUUAUUGUUGUUUUUCACUUGUUAUUCCUUUUCAUGUAAAAUAAUUAAAAUAUAAAGAAGAGAAUUUCCAGGUGCUUUAAAAACAAUACCCACACCACUCCUAAGGUUGAAUUGCAUUUUUUUUGGUUAAAGGGUGUGUGUGCUCAUUUUCUGUGUUGCAGGCAUUUGUGCUUGGUAAACUUGUAGAAGGAGCCAACAUCACACUACUGAUUGCAUCGCUUUUCAGUGCUUUUAUUGUGCUGAUUAUUGCUUAUUUGAGUUGCCGAAGUCUUCCAUGUUGUUCAUGCUAUGACAGUGUCACUGGACUUGUAAGUAGCAACAUUGCCAUUAAAUAUGGUGGGUUUACUUGUCUUGUACUGGGAAGGAAAGCCUUUUGUGAUUCUGCAAAAACAUUUUUGGACAGUUUGAUAUGAGGUUGCCAUAUUUCCUUAACUCCCCCUCCCCUUCAACUAGUUAAGCCCAAAAUGCCCACAAAACUAAUUUUUUGAAUUGUCAUUUGGAAACAAAUGAUUGUGGACACCUCUUAUUAUAGCAUUGUAUACACUAAACAGCUAUGAACCUCAUCAGUGCUGUGAUGGUAAAUAACUGCCAUCCUUAUAUAAGCUUCUGUGCACUUCCUAAAGGAAGGGGUAUAAAUUGUAUAUAACUGCCCCUUCUGCAUGUUUUUCUUGACAGGUGUGUGCAUAAAAUGUUUUUUACUAGGUUCACAGUUCUAUGGGUGGUAUUCAGCUAAGUUUAAUUCAGAGUAGAUCCUUUGAAAUUAAUGAACAUGACUAAAUAAGUUCCAUGAAUUUCAGUCAGUGUAACCUGAGUGAAUACCACCCCUUGUGUUUAAGGUUUGCCAAUUAUGUAGCACUUACCACUUCUAACGUUGACUUCUCAUUGUUUGAUAACUGCCUUAUUUAUGCAUCUCUUAGAUAGAUAUGUUUGUUCAGCUUCUUAUCUGGGUUAUUGAAUGUGAAUGGUUUGAAAUAAAUCUCUUAAUUAUGAUAAUGGUAGCUGCAAAAAAAUUAAGAAAUACUUUUGUAAAGAAAAAUAUGGUAAACUGUGGUGGGCAUUAUAUGAUGAAUAGCUUCUUUUUCUUGAACUGCAGAACUUUUUAUUUUUAGUCUUGUUUGUUAUUAUACCAUUGCAAUUACUUUUGGUUAACCAAAUUACAAAAUGAAACCGUGUUUGUCUCGAAGACUGCACAUUCUAAGAUCAGUGCUAUUCUCAGGUGAACCUUUUUAGCAAUCUCAUGCUCUCAUUCUUAGGAACGGCUAGAACCUAAUGAAGACCAGCUACAAAUUGCAGAAUUAGUUUGCAUUCCAUCUGGUACGUAGGUGUUCUCACUGUUUUACUUGAAAAUUAAUUUCAGAUUUACUAAAUAUGUAAGUCAAAUAAUGAAUAUGUAAGGAAGACAUUUGGACUAUAUAAAUAUUAUUUAAAAUCAUAAUAAUUAAAAUCCAUUUCCAUAAAAGCAAUCUAACUACAAUUACAAUAACUAGGCAGUAGUGGUUAAAAAUAAAAUCCAGCACAUUACUUUACUGCUGGUUUUAGUUUAAUUUGUUCUUAUACAGUUCAAUAUUGAACUGUAAAACCCAACAUAGCUCUUUUAAUCAAUAGUGGGUUAGAACAGAAAAAAUUAAAAGAUAAUAAAGAAGCCCUGGUAAUAUUCCUUGGGAGGAAGACAGAAAAAUCUGUGUCAUUGGUGCCCACAAUAAUAGAUAUUGAUGGUAGACCAAGGCCAGGCCUCUGAAGCCAAUGUUCCAUCCUGGGCAGAUUUCUGAGAGUGUAGGCUGUCCUUCAAAUAAAGCCCUACAUUGUCUAGGGCUAGGUUAAGUGUCAAAACCAGUCCUUUAAAUGGGGCCCAGAAACGAAAUGGCAGAUAAUGCAUUUGGUAAAAUAUGGGUAUUAUGUGUUCCCAAUGCUUGAUCCCUGCAAGAAUCGGGGCAGCUACCUUCUGCACCAGUGAAAGUUUCUAAACCAUUUUCAAAGGCAGCCCCAUAUAUAACCAGUGUAUUACAACAGUCUAGUCUGCAUGUAAUCAGCACACAUAAUCAAGGCAAAGUUUGCUUUCUGCAGCUACAUAUGCUCACUGUGUGUGUUUUCUAUUCUAGGUCAAGUGGAUACAAUUUUUAAUUCUCCUGUAAAACUUUCAGAUUUAGAUAUGGAAGCUGAUGAUGACAUGCCCAAACCACCUCCAUAUAUCAGGAUGACUUAAAUAUAAAUUCUAGGAGAAUUUUUUUUUUAAAGCUCUUUAUAACUUAAUAAUUUUACUGAAAAGUUUGUACAAUUCUUAAAAGAAAUGACUGACCACUCUGAAGAGAUCCUCAGAAUUUCAAGACUGGUGACCUAUUUUCUGUA